UUUGUAGCUGACGCCACCCAGUGCUUCCCUCUACUGACAAGCCGUGCUAGCCGUGCCUCUAUAGCCGUGAUCCGUCCCCGACCGACAGCGCCUCUGGCCCUCCUUCACUCUCGCUCUCUGCUUGUGCAGGCUUUGGCUGGUGUGAGUGCGGUUGGUCGGGCUGAGUGGGUGGGUUUGUGCCCGCUUGUCCUCAUCAUAGGUCUCAGUGAUCUGGCGCCUUUUUCCUCGCCUUUGGCCAACGGGUCGAGUGAAGGCUUGCCGGCCGCUCACACGCCCGUCGCCUCGAGCCCGGCCGGCCCGGCUUUAUCGCUGGCCGGUUGUCAUGCGGCUAGCACCACGGCCAGCUCGCCGACCACCCACCACGCACCUCCGCCGGAACCGCCGCAUCUUCGGCAUCAAAGCCGGAGCGGCUCUCAUCCAGCAGCUGGGACGGGUCAGCCCGCCCAGCCGUCGCAACCGUCGGCCUCGUCCGCCCAGCGUCGUCGCCGGUCCAGCUCGAGUUCUGGCCGCAGCAGUACCAAGUCCACCACGCGGAGUUCGACCUCGUCCAACCCGGAAGUGAUCAUCAUGAAGCUGAUCGACCCCGUGAUCCGCUCGAUGCGGGUAGGGAAGGUGUUCAAAGAUAACACCGAGACCGUGAAUCACAUGAACUUUUCGGGCUGCGGAGGGUUCAUGAUAUCCUCGGCCGAGGACGAUCAGAUCAUCAUCUACGAUUGUGAAAAAGGCGUGCAGAAGAAAUCGGUGAACUCCAAAAAAUAUGGGGUGGAUUUGAUUCACUUCACACACCAGAACAAAAAUAACGUGGUCCACGCUUCCACCAAAGAGAACGACAUCAUUCGCUUACUCGACGUGCACGAAAACAAAUAUCUACAGUACUUUCGGGGUCACUCCAAGAAAGUGGUGGCCUUGUGCAUGUCGCCCACUGACGACUCGUUCUUGAGUGGCUCCACCGACAAAACUGUCCGACUGUGGGAUCUUCGCUCACCCACGUGUCAAGGACUGAUGCACCUGGCUGGCCGUCCCGUGGCUGCCUUCGAUCCCGAGGGCCUCAUUUUCGCGGCCGGCAUCAAUUCCGAGAGUGUCAAGCUCUACGAUCUCCGCAGUUUCGACAAAGGCCCUUUCUCGUCGUUCAAGUUCAAUGUUGACAAAGACAUUGAAUGGACGGGAUUGAAAUUCAGCCCCGAUGGCAAGUCCAUUCUAGUCUCCACCAAUGGCUCGUUUAUUCGCUUAAUCGAUUCCUUUGGUGGAUCCACCCUUCAAACUUGCACGGGUCAUCUCAAUUCCAAGAAUUUGCCUCUGGAAGCUUCUUUCUCGCCGGAUUCUCAAUUCAUCAUCUCCGGUUCCACGGACGGACGGCUGCAUAUUUGGAAUGCGGAGAGUGGCGCAAAAGUGUGUGUUCUUAACGGGGACCAUUCAGGACCGGUCCAGUGUGUUCAGUUCAAUCCCAAGUACAUGCUCAUGGCGUCAGCUUGCAAAAACAUGGCCUUUUGGCUUCCUAGUGUAGACGAAGAUGUCUGAUGACACGAUCAGACUACGCUCGAAACUUAAAUAUUACGUGUCGGGGUCCAUGCGGGGUCCGAAAAAAGAGGAGCCCUAGAUCCUCAAAAAACACGGGUUGAAAGGGGUCAAGGAGGGUGCCCCUUCGGUGAGAAGAAACAUUGAAUAUCUCUAAGAGAUCUGAUGUCAAACCAUAAUCCAAAAAACCAAAGAGGAAACCCGGCAACACCUUUCUUUUGUCUCUAUCUAUCUCUCUUUCACAUCAUAGAUGGCCACACCGAAGACCCUCUUUCAGCUUGUAAUGUUAGUCAGACCAAAGUAUUCACUUGUUCCUUGUGUAAGUGUGCUUGAUGAUAUAUUAUAUAUAUAUAUAAAUUCGUA